UAAAUAAAUAUAGUAUAUACCUAUUAGUUGAAAAAGAAUAUAAGUCCAAUUAAGUUUGGCAGUGUUAUGAAGCUGAUACUACACUUACUUCUGAGUCAUAGAAGUUGUAGUUACUAUUUUAAUGUAGAUUCUGUAUAACUUGACCGGGGACAGAAUGUAGUUCAUGAACUUGCAUUCUUUUAGCAGUUUUCAUUCUAUUACAUACUUAUUGAACUGCUGGUAAUUCGUCUGACAAGCUUCAUGAUACAAAACAGCCCACAAAGAGCAGCAGAUUAUUUCAUCGAAGAUGGGAUUCGAACUGUGAGAACAUCAGAAUGGACCUAAGCGAGGAUUCAAAUCAAAGCAGCACAUCAGAGUUACACCCGCAUGCAAGUAGGAAUAAAAAUUAUUCUGAUGAUUCAAAAAGCUAUAAUAAUCAACAAUGGUCGAAUAAUUCUGAUAGAGAAUUCCAAAAUAGAGAUCAGAGGCGAAGUAAUCAUAAGACUUCACCUCAGCGAGAAAGGAAUGGUAAUGAGGAUAAACUAAUUCACACUGAUGAUUAUAGUAAACACAGAGAUGGAGAUCAUACAUCACGUGACAAAAACUACAGAGACCGAGAUCGCGAUAGAUCAAGACAUGUGGAUAAUAGGGAUAGAAAUAAAUACAAAGAUAAAUAUGAUCGAGACUAUGAUUCCAGCAGGAGGGGUGACAGAGAUAGAAGACGAUAUAGAGAUGAUGAUAGAAGUAAGACGUACAGAGAUAGAGAUUCCUAUCGUCACCAUGACAGGUCUAGGCGCAGAUCUCGUUCUCGAUCCAGAUCUAGGUCUGGGUCUAGGCCAAGGGAUCGCUUUUAUCGUACAGAUAAAGCAGCCCAGAAAAGACAACUUUUGGAAAAACUGGGUAUAGAACUGCAGGCUGUGGAUACAUCUACGUCUGGAUCAGGGGAAACCUUAACUGGUACAGCAAUACACAAUUCACUUGAAUUGCCCAAGUAUUAUAAUCCAGGUGUGAUGAAUCCAGCAAAAUAUGCCCAGCAAAUGCAAAAGAGAAAACUUUUAUGGGGUAAUAAGGGAUCAAAUGAUACUAAAUCUGAGGAACUUCGCACAAGGAGUUCCGAGACAAAUCCUGCAUGCAACAGUAGCAGCGCUUCAACAAGUGCUGGAGCACCAGCUAAAUGGACGAACACCCGAUUUGCUCAAGAUGCUGAUGGAAAGGUGGCAUCUAAAUUUAUGAGACUGAUGGGGAUUAAAGAUGCAGCGGCCCCACCACCAAAUGUAGUUCCUACAGAAGAUGUUAUUAAGAAGCAGGAAGAAAUGUUUUCCACAAUGGAGCAACAGUAUGAAGUGGCAAGAACGGUUACACAUACCAUGAGAGGUAUGGGUUUAGGCUUUGGCAGACAAUUUUGAAGAAGUUAACUGAUUAAACAAGUACAAUUGUUAUAUUAGAUUCUAAUGAACAUAUGAAAUACAUUAGAUUUUUGUUUUAAAUUA